AUGAUGCCCUUCAAGCCCAGAAUGCGCCUCUUCUCCGUCCUGCGCUCCGCUCCAGCUGCCCGCCGCUUUGCGACCGAGGCGCGGCUAACCUCGGACCAUGUUCGUAUCGUCGAGGUUGGCCCCCGCGACGGACUGCAGAACGAAAAGAAGGCCAUCCCGCUGGAGACGAAGCUGCAACUCAUCAGCAAGCUGGCCAAAACGGGCCUGACGACAAUUGAGGCCGGGUCUUUUGUUCCCGCGAAAUGGGUGCCUCAGAUGGCAAGCACAGCCGAGAUCUGCGAGCACCUGCUGCAAUCGCCGCCGGAGGCGCAGAACGUGAUCGCCUACAACUACCUGGUGCCGAACGUCCGGGGCCUGGAGAACCUCAUCAAGGUACUAGACGCCACCGGCGUCCCCGCCGACACGCCCUUGAAAUCCUCCACCACCACCGAGAUUUCGCUGUUCGCGGCCGCGACCGAGGCCUUCUCGAAGGCGAACACAAACUGCACCAUCGACGAGUCGCUGGAGCGCAUCCGGCCGGUGGUUGCCCUGGCGAAGACGCGCAAUAUCCGGGUACGUGGGUAUGUCUCCGUGGCGCUAGGAUGUCCUUACGAGGGCCCCGAGGUGUCACCGGUCAAGGUGGCGGAUAUCACGCGCUCGCUGCUGGAGAUGGGCGCCGAUGAGGUCUCGGUCGCGGACACCACGGGCAUGGGCACCGCACCCCGCACGAUGGAGCUGCUGCAGGCGUUGCGGGCUGCUGGCAUCGCUAAUACGGAUUUGGCGCUGCAUUUUCAUGAUACCUAUGGCCAGGCCCUGGUUAAUACGAUUGUGGGGCUGGAGCAUGGGAUCCGCGUCUUCGAUAGUAGUGUCGGCGGGCUCGGGGGCUGUCCGUACUCCAAGGGCGCGACGGGGAAUAUCUCGACGGAGGAUUUAGUCCACACAAUCCAUAGUCUAGGGAUGAACACGGGGGUCAAUCUGGAGGAGAUGGCCAGGAUUGGGGCGUGGAUCAGUGGGGAGCUGGGGCGGUUCAAUGAGAGUCGGGCUGGCAAAGCGAUCCUGGCGAGGAGUGAGGAGGUCUCCCCUCUUCACCCUCCUUCCUUGGUUAUGUCUUCGUCGUCCAGAGUAGACGAACCAUCAAUGUUGCCUCUUCCUGGAGCGCCAUCUUCGUCAUGGGCCCAGUUUCGUGGACGCCUCGCGGCUUUAUUCCAUGGGGCUGAUCCGCGAGUAUGCGUGGCUUUUUGGCUCUUUGGCUUGAUCAAUAAUGUCCUCUAUGUUGUCAUUCUGUCUGCGGCCCUGGAUCUCGUCGGUCCUGACCUACCGAAAGGCGUCGUGCUGCUCGCAGAUGUUAUCCCCUCGUUCGGCACCAAGCUGGUGGCUCCAUACUUCAUCCAGGUGGUGCCGUAUCCCGUCCGGGUCCUGAUCUUCGUCACCUUCUCUACUACUGGAAUGCUGCUCGUCGCGCUGAGUCCGGCCUAUACUGACGGUGGGACGAUCUCCACGAAGCUCGCAGGCAUCAUCCUGUCGAGUAUGUCCAGUGGAGGAGGCGAGCUCUCCUUUCUUGCUCUCACCCACCACUACGGGCCGUUCAGCCUGGCUGCCUGGGGAAGUGGAACAGGGGCUGCAGGCUUGGUGGGCGCUGGCGCAUACGCUCUGUUAACCACCUCCUUUGGCUUCAGCGUCAAAGCGACCCUGCUGGCAUCCGCCUUCUUGCCAGCGGUCAUGGUCAUAAGCUUCUUCACCAUUCUGCCCCAGUCGCCGGUUCGCUCGUUCUCCGCGGGGAGGGCAGGCCACCGUUCUCGCGAAGAAAUGGAUCGUUAUGAUGACAACGAUGAAAGGGAACAGCUACUCGACUCGUCCAGCGAUGUAAGUCAGGCCCAGAAAGCAACAGUUGCUAGUGAUAGCGGUCUUGGCUGGCAGACCUUCAAGGCCAAUCUACGCCGGUCUAAGGGGCUCUUCUUUCCAUUUAUGCUACCACUGCUGCUAGUCUACGUCGCCGAGUACACCAUCAACCAGGGUAUCGCCCCAACCUUACUUUUCCCCCUCAAGGACUCCCCCUUCGAUCACUACCGCGCAUUCUACCCAGCCUACAAUGCGAUCUACCAAGUUGGGGUCUUCAUCUCCCGAUCUUCUACCCCCUUCUUCCGCGUCCAUGAUCUGUACUUCCCGUCGUUGUUACAGUUUUUGAACUUGGUUAUUCUGACGCUGCACUCGCUGUUCAACUUCAUUCCCAGCGUGUGGUUGGUGUUCGGCAUCGUGUUCUGGGAAGGUCUUCUUGGUGGAAUCGUGUAUGUCAGCACUUUUGCUGAGAUCGCCGAUCGGGUGCCGGUGGCGGAACGGGAGUUCUCGCUCGGCGCCACCACCGUGAGUGACUCCGGCGGCGUGUGCAUUGCCGGAUUCAUCAGCAUGGCGUUUGAGGUCUGGCUCUCUACACAGUGGCAUCCCGCACGAUCACGAUCUGUCGAACACUUCCUCACAAACGGCCCAGACCACCUUUUAGGAAGACCGUCCACCAAGUUUCGAAAGAUACAGGUCCUAGCUGUGUUCGCAUUCUGGUCGCUAUAUCUGACAAGGGGAAAUAAGCAUGGCCCGCCCGUGAUUCGCAAACUCUCCUCCCGGCUCACGGAGAAGCUCAGCGCCUGGCAAACCACCGUGAUCAUCUUCCUUUGGCUGUAUGUCAGCCGUAACUUCGCGAAGAUCGUCGGCCUCGAAUGUCCAGAGCCACUGGCAAAUCUAUACUCGCGCUCUUUCUUCCGAGCAACAUGGAUCGCCACCGCUUUGGAUGCCGGGUUCUGGACCGCGAUGAAAGUCAAGCCCAAGUGGCUGCGAGACAUCGCAUCGUUGGUCUUUACCGUGUACUAUCUCAUUGCUGCAGAGCGGGCCGAUGAGAAAGUCCGUCGAGUCCGGGCCACACUGACGCUGGAGCACAUGCGUGUCUCGUGGAAUAAGGGGACUUCGCCGUAUCUGUGGGCGCUGGCGAAUUUGGCGCGUCCACGACUCACCAAGCAUGCUCCCCGCGCGAUCCGGAUUCCUCGACCGUCGUCCUCGAUAUACGAUCAGCCGACCAAUGCAUGGCUGUACUUUGAUGGUCCAUUAAGCGCACUCAGGGACCAAACAUGCAUUGUACUAGAUAUACCUGGCGGAGGGUUUGUUUCGAUGAGCCCUCGCAACUCAGAGGAUAGGCUGUUAAGUUGGGCUGCUAGAACGAAAGUCCCGAUUUUGAGUCUGGACUACAAGAAGGCGCCGGAAUUUCCUUAUCCGUACGCUCUGAAUGAAUGUUACGACGUUUACCACACGCUCGUGUCCACACGUGGUCGCUGCAUCGGACUCAAUGGACAGACCCACCCUCGAAUUGUCGUCACGGGUGACAGUGCUGGCGCGAAUCUUGCCGUAGGCAUGACGCUGAUGGUUCUUCAGUCUGGCAGCGCGGAUGCAUCACACUGGCAGGGGCAGAACGUACUUCCUCGGCCGGACGGACUAGUCCUGGCUUAUCCCGCAUUGAACAUGAAGAUCGAAAGCUGGAUGACAGAAGAGCAGAUGGCGCUGAUCCAGGAGAAAAGCACUCGCCGGACCAACCAGAACAUCCUGCAGCGCAAGAACAUGGACUAUCAGCGCCUCACCCCUUUCACUUCUCCUGGCGCAUCCUUUGCCGACCUCCAGCAAGACUCCUGCUCCGACCUCGACCUCGAAGUCAGCAACCUUCCUGAAAAAGCGACACGCAAACUCGCUCGACACAAAUCAGCGCUCCAGGCCCAAGAGGCCGAGGCGGCCGCAGUCGCCGAGCAUCAGCCCAAACAGAUCCGUACGCGCCUGGCCGUCUCGUCGGUGAUCUCGUACGUCCAAGACCGCGUCCUUACCCCGGAGAUGAUGCGCGCAAUGAUCAUUCUGUAUAUCGGCCCGCACAACCGCCCCGACUUCAACACAGACUACCUCCUCUCCCCGACCCUCGCCCCCGAAGCCCUCCUGGCGCGCUUCCCCAAGACCUACAUCAUCACCGGCGAACGCGACCCUCUCGUCGACGACACGGUGAUCUUCGCCGGCCGCCUCCGCCAGGCCAAACUGCGCCACUUCCAGGAGCGGCAGGACCUCGGCCUCGAGAAAUCCCACCGCGCCUUCAAUGACAAGGACCACGUUGAGGUAUCAUUGUUGCCGGGCGUCUCGCACGGCUUCAUGCAGAUGGCUGGCUUCUUCCCGGAGAGCUGGAAACACAUCAGCCGCUGCGCCAGCUGGAUCAGCGAGCUGUUCGAGCUGUCCGCCUCGAAGACAUCCUCCUCAAGCAUCCUGGUGCAAUCCCUCCACGAUCCGGACCAAAUCGCCACCAAGAAGAAAUCCCAUCCUCCUCCGCUCCACAGCAUCCACCACCUCCUCCACAAUCAUCGCACCCGCAACCGCAACCACAAACGCCGGCUGACAGGCGAGUCCUCGGCCGACGAAGACAAACCUCUAGAAAUGAGCAUCAGCAAACUCACCCCGCUGACCCCGUUGUGCAGCAGCAAAUCCGUCGGACGCACCGCCCCAAACGGGGACCCAGAUCCAGAAGCAAACGGCGCCACCCGCAUCCGCAGCGUCUCGCGCGGCCGCUCCACCGCCCCCGGAACCAAAGUACAACACCGCGUCCCCGCCAAGCUGAGCCUCCCACCUGAGGACCCCGAAGAGGAGGAAGAGGGCUAUGCGUCGGAAGACUACCAGAGCCCCGUGGCUAUGAUCGCGCUGCGCGAGCGUAACCGGAGCAUGAAUAGCUUGGCGAGCGAGGAGGAUCUGCUGGAUCGGCGGAUGAGCGGGUUGGCCGGGGGGUUGAUGGGGAUUGGGGAAGGGGCGCGGACGCCUUGA